GUGAAGGCGCAGGAGUCGUAGAUGAGCCGCGCGCACAGAUCCUGCAGGUCCAGCUCGGUGGUCUGGUAAGAAGUGAGAAAACAUGAAGUCCAGGAGUCAGGACCAGAGUUUGUCAGACUCCAGAGAGCUGGACAGAUCUUACGACCCACUGACAGGUAAUCCUCCAUCCAAACCCAAUAAAAAGACCAUAAAGCAGCGCUUCCUCAAACUGCUCCCCUGCUGUCGCUCUGGCUCCAGCCCUUCAAUUAAUCAAAGAAGUAUAACCGAUGAGGAUGAACUGUCAACGGUGUGUUACAGACCGGAGGGGAUCGACCGUCUCGUACAGCAGACCAACUUCAGCAAGAAAGAGCUGCAGGUCCUUUACCGAGGAUUCAAAAAUGAGUGUCCCAGCGGUGUGGUGAAUGAGGAGACAUUUAAAAACAUCUACUCCCAAUUCUUCCCUCAGGGAGAUUCAAGCAUGUAUGCACAUUUCCUCUUCGAAGCCUUUGACACCCAAAACAACGGAGCGGUCAGCUUUGAGGACUUCGUCAUAAGUCUGUCCAUCAUCUUGAGAGGGUCCAUCACGGAUAAACUCAACUGGGCCUUCAAUCUGUACGAUCUCAACAAGGACGGCUGCAUCACCAGAGAGGAGAUGACAGACAUUAUGCACUCCAUCUAUGACAUGAUGGGGAAAUAUACCUACCCCAGCAUGAAGGACAGCGCUCCCAAGGAUCAUGUUGAGAGCUUCUUCCAGAAAAUGGACAGGAACAAUGACGGCGUGGUCACCAUUGAGGAGUUCCUGGAGACAUGCCAAAAGGAUGAAAACAUCAUGCAGUCCAUGCACAUGUUUGAUAAUGUGAUAUAAAGCUCGUCGGGCGCAGACAGGAGAUUUCCCGCCUGAUUGGAGCUUCCCUGUUGUACGGUUCUUCAGCCCCCAGCCAGAGUGGGUGGUGUCUGUAGGCCUGUACAGAGCGGUGACCAGAGGAUAUAUAGUGUACCAAACCACCUUUUCCUAAAUUAUAUCAAUGAACAGAUUGAAUGACUCGACUCACGUGAAAAGGACUUUUAGAAUUUUUUUUUUUUUUUAUAGUAAAUAAAGGCACUGAAAGGUGGAUUCUGGUGUUUUAAGCUUUUGAUUGAUGUUUAAGAGCAGCUUGAAGAACAGCUCAAUAUCAAUAAGCAUCAGUGAACUGAUGCAUCAAGAAAACAGCAGAUAUGCAACUGCAGUUUCAACAUCCUACGACUUUUUCACUCAUACAAAUGAUGAUUAUUUCUUUAUUGCAUGUAUGAUACACAUGAGAGGGAGAGAGAGAGAGAGAGAGACUGAACGAGCAACACAUGGAGCCAAUGGAAUAACGCGUUGUAGAGUAUCACACACUUUCUAUACUCACAGUGACACUACAGUAAGGGACAACUCUAAUUAUGGGAAGUCUACAUUUUAGCAAUAAUCUUAAAGUAACAUGUUGCAAUCAAAUCGUCUCCUCAGUGUUCUUAUGGAGCUCACCUCACCUUUAUUAUACCACUGUAUAUUGUGUCUGCAUGAUGUGUCUGUUUUGACUGGCCAUUGAAAUGUUUAAUUAAAGUGUGGCUAUAUUUUCUAUAUUGACAUGGUAACAACGAUGAUGAAAUUGAAUAAAACCACAAAGUUGCUAUGCAAAAGUGCAUUAAUUUAUAUAUUAAUGACUUUUUUCUUGUUUUGGAUUUUUCAGCCACAGGUUCAGAGGCCAUCCUCAGCAUUUAUAUGUUUUUUUCUUUUUUGAGAAAU